CAUUUAGAAACAACAAUACAGAUGUUUUAACUCAGGAAGAGUUCAGAAAUCAAUAUUUGGUGGAAUGAUUUCAUCCAAAUACAGGGAAACUGUGCAGUGGUCUCUUAGUUUUAUUAUUUUUAUAUUUUUUAUUUAUUCAUUCAUUCAUUUUAACCCACUAAGACAAAAUGUCAUUAGAAUCAGGUGGAUUUAGAGACUCUGCAGGCACGUGCAGACAGAUAUCCUGCUUUAAGACAACCAAUUYGCAUUAUGAGAUCAGACAGAAAGAAGAGGAUGAGGAGGAGAGAAAAGGAGGCGCGAAGGUCAGCAUCUGUGUUAGACCACAGGCGGAGCCGAGGGAGACGCACAGAUCAGAGGUAGUUCAGUUUGACGGCUUGACGAGGAGCAAGAGGUCGUGUAAAAUAGCCCAGAGUUCCUGUUUACUGCAGUUUCGAGGUACGAUGACAACAAAGGUCAGCAGAUCACUUUUCCUGAAGCCCUUCUUCCUGAAGUCACCUGUCAGAGUGGUCCGCCCUCUGCAGCAGAGACGCCACACACUCCCCGCCAGCGAGUUCAGGAACCUCACACCACAAGACGCCAUCAGCGUCUUUGAAAUUGAGAAAGAAGCUUUUGUGUCUGUGUCAGGUGAGUGUCCGCUUACACUGGAUGAAGUGCUUAAUUUCCUGAGUCUGUGUCCUGAGCUGUCUCUGGGUUGGUUUGAAGAGGGACAGUUGGUUGCUUUCAUCAUCGGCUCUGGUUGGAACAAGGAAAGACUUUCACAGGAGGCCAUGACUCGACACGUUCCAGACACCCCCACCGUCCACAUCCACGUGCUGUCCGUGCACCGCCACUGCAGACAGCAGGGGAAGGGCUCCAUCCUUUUGUGGCGCUACCUGCAGUACUUGCGCUGCGUGCCAGGCCUCCGCCGGGCUCUGCUGAUCUGCGAGGACUUCCUGGUUCCGUUCUACCUCAAGGCCGGCUUCAAGCAGAAGGGCUCGUCGGAAAUCUCCGUGGCCAACUUGAGGUUUCAAGAAAUGGAGUAUUCGCUGGGUGGGCAGGCUUAUGCACGACGAAACAGCGGCUGCUAGUCUACAUUUUACUCCAAAUAAUAAAACAUGGACUAUGGACAGAGAAAAAGGAAGAAAUGUAGAUGUGAAAGGCCAACAUUCUGCAUAGAUGGGUCUUUUUGAUUCACUGAAAGAAGUCUUGAGUGAAGACAGAAAAAACAGUGGGUUCAUUUCUUUAAACAAAAUGUCACUUUUUGCAGCUUACAACGUGGCUUUGUGUUUUCAGCUUUGAGCUUAUGUUGUUUUUCAAUCAUUUCUAAUGUCGUUUGUGCUAACGAGGCAGUCACUGCUGAAACAUCCCUCAAAUUUGACUAUUUAUGAUUCUACUUUUGUCAAAAGCUGUAAUGG